AAACCAUUUACAUUUCAAAGCGGAAACUUCUUCGUUUUCUUCUUCAUAAAUACACACUGAAACCGUUUUUCUGAAUUAUAUUUCAAAUUUUCCUAAAAAAUAUUCAAUAUCUCUGUUUCCUUUUAUAAAAAAAUUUAAAAAUAAAAAAUCUCAUUCUAGAAGAUUACUAGUUUGGAGUCAUUUCAAAGAUUUUGGCGACUCUGCAAAAUUCCCUCACAUGGCGUUAGGGAGUUUCUUGUCUUUUGCUAGAUUUUGGACAUUCUUUCAGCAGGGAGGGAGACAAAUUGAUCCUACUGCACAUACAAUAAAGUCUCAUGGAGCCACACUUGCUAGAAAUCAUAUUCAUGAUUGGCUUAUAUUGGUGCUUCUUAUACUAAUUGAGGUUAUUCUCAAUGUAAUUCAUCCGUUUCGCCGCUUCGUUGGAAGGGACAUGAUGGAAGACCUUAUGUAUCCAAUGAAAGAAAACACUGUCCCUGUAUGGGCUGUUCCGCUUUAUGCGGUUCUGUUGCCAAUAUCUGUGUUCCUGUUCGUCUAUAUCCGUAGGAGAGAUGUUUAUGAUUUGCACCACAGUGUUCUCGGCCUCUUGUUUGCUGUUCUGAUAACUGGAGUGUUGACUGAUUCUAUUAAAGAUGCUGUUGGCCGGCCACGGCCAGACUUCUUUUGGCGUUGCUUUCCUGAUGGAAUACAGGCGUAUGAUGCAUUGGGAGGUGUGAUUUGCCAUGGCAAGGCUAGUGAUAUAAAAGAAGGACAUAAGAGUUUUCCAAGCGGUCAUACAUCAUGGUCCUUUGCAGGUCUUGGAUUUCUCUCGUUGUAUUUAUCGGGGAAGGUUAAAGUUUUUGAUCGCAAAGGGCACGUAGCAAAAUUAUGCAUUGUGUUUUUUCCUCUACUUGCUGCCUGUCUGGUUGGAAUCUCUAGAGUGGAUGACUAUUGGCACCAUUGGCAAGAUGUGUUUGCCGGAGGCCUUCUAGGCCUUUUUGUCGCAACAUUUUGUUAUUCGCAGUUCUUUCCUCCUCCCUAUAAUGAUGAUGGAUGGGGCCCAUAUGCAUAUUUUGUGGCAAUGGAAGAAUCAAGAGGCAAUGCAAAUGUGAAUCGAGAAUCGCCCGCUGUACAAGCCAUGGAUGUCAGGACAGUCGCGAAUCGAGUUCCAAGGAGAAAUGGUGAUGCAGUCACCCCUUUCAGUUAUCUCAGCCCAACCUUGGAAGCCAUGGAAAUGGGAGGGACACAAAUGAAGUCAUGAUGAUCUUAUAACUAUCUUUUACACAAGUUCUCUCCCUAGCUAGCAUAAUUUUAUCAAUUAUGCUUUUGUGCAUAAUUGAAAGUGAAAAUGAGGUUUUCUACACGAUAACUCUAGAUUGAUCACUUGUAUAUUAAAGAGAAAAACGGUGUCUUAUUUUCUUUCGGUUGAUUAAGAUUAAAUUAAGUUA